CUUCCGGUCUAUCUGCGGUCGCUGAUUGGCUGCGAGAGGAGAUUGUCAGCCCGAAGAGGCGGGACGGCGCCUGGGCACGGGGAAGCGGCCUUGGCGGCGGCGCUGCCCGCGCGAUGGAUCUGUUUGGGGACCUCCCGGAACCCGGCUGCUCGGCGGCGGGGAAGGAAGCCCAGAAAGGACCUCUCCUCUUUGAUGAUCUCCCACCAGCCAGCAGUGCUGACUCAGCUUCCAGUGCUACUGAGCAGGUCUCGUCAGCAGGGAGCCACGGGAAAGGGGAGAAGAGAAAGUCCUUGGAGGAGGAAGAAAAGAAUGGCAGGGAAGAACUUGUGGAAAAGAAAGUUUGUAAAGGGUCAGUGGGCAUUCUUGGAUUGAAGGGUUAUGUGGCAGAGAGGAAAGGUGAAAGAGAAGACAUGCAGGAUGCACAUGUCAUCUUAAAUGAUAUCACUGAGGAAUGCCAGCCUCUGCCCUCCCAAAUCACACGUGUCUCAUACUUUGCUGUGUUUGAUGGCCAUGGGGGAGUCCGAGCCUCAAAAUUUGCAGCACAGAACAUGCACCAGAACCUGAUUAAGAAAUUUCCUAAAGGUGAGGUAGCCAGUGUGGAGAAAACUGUGAAGAGAUGCCUUUUGGAUACCUUCAAACACACAGAUGAAGAGUUUCUAAAGCAGGCAUCCAGCCAGAAGCCAGCAUGGAAGGAUGGCUCCACAGCUACUUGUGUCCUAGCUGUCGACAACACUCUCUACAUAGCCAACCUCGGGGACAGCCGGGCGAUUCUGUGUCGUUACAAUGAAGGCAGUCAAAAGCAUACAGCCUUAAGCCUCAGUAAGGAGCAUAACCCUACCCAGUAUGAGGAGCGUAUGCGGAUACAGAAAGCUGGAGGAAAUGUCAGGGAUGGAAGAGUCCUGGGAGUGCUGGAGGUUUCCCGCUCCAUUGGGGAUGGCCAGUACAAACACUGUGGUGUUAUCUCUGUGCCAGAUAUCAAACGCUGCCAACUCACAGACAAUGACAGGUUCAUUCUGAUAGCAUGUGAUGGCCUCUUUAAAGUCUUUACACCAGAAGAAGCUGUAAACUUCAUUGUUUCCUGCCUUGAGGAUAAAAACAUCCAGAUGAGAGAAGGGAAGCUGGAAGCAGAUGCUAGGUAUGAAGCUGCAUGUAACCGACUGGCCAACAAGGCAGUACAGCGAGGGUCGGCGGACAAUGUCACAGUCAUGGUGGUGCGGAUAGAGCACUGAGAGAUGAGGAGCGGCAGCAGGUUCCCCAGCUUCUGGUGGAUGUAAGGAAAGGGAGAAGUCUGGGUGUGUGCAUGUGUGGCCAGGGGAGGGAGGGUCCUGCUGGGUGUUCUUCAGUGUAAAUAAAGUUGGGUUGGUUUUUU